AACAAUCAGGCUUGCAAGGUCUUGGCUAGAGGGGGAAAAAUUAAAACUCAGCCUUAGACCUCUUGUCAGACUAUGAGGAGAAUUAUAUUUUUGAACUAGUCUACAGUGCGGACAGGAAAUGACCUCUUCACCAACUGCUUCUUUAAAAACAAGCAGUUGGAGCCUCUAGCUAUCCAGCGCUCUCUCUCUCUCUCUCUCUCUCUCUCUCUCUCUCUCUCUCUCUCUCUCUCUAACUCCCUCUCCCCCUUCUCCCUCCCUCCUUCCUUCCCUCCCUUCCUCCCUCCCAACCUCCAACCUCCGCUCUCUCCCUCUCAGAGCUCCAGUGCUCCCUCCCCUCCCGCGCUCCCUCCCUCCCUCCCUCCCUCCCUCUUCGUUCCCUCUCCUCUCUCGCUAUAGAGGGCUCCCACAGCACUUCCCAGCCAGUGUGCUCAGCCUGCCUGCCUGCCUGCCUCUCUGUGUGUGUGUGUGUGAGCGUGUGUGCGUGCGUCUACUUUGUACUGUGAAGAACACAGCCCAUGUGCUCUGCAUGGACGUUCCUGAUACUCUAUUAAGCUUGAUUUUCGACAAGCAGGCAAGAUGUCCAGCACACCACAUGACCCCUUCUAUUCUUCUCCUUUCGGCCCAUUUUAUAGGAGACAUACACCAUACAUGGUACAGCCAGAGUACCGAAUCUAUGAGAUGAACAAGAGACUGCAGUCUCGUACAGAGGACAGUGACAACCUCUGGUGGGAUGCAUUUGCCACUGAAUUUUUCGAAGAUGAUGCCACAUUAACACUUUCAUUUUGUUUGGAAGAUGGACCAAAGCGAUACACUAUCGGCAGGACCCUCAUCCCCCGUUAUUUUAGCACCGUAUUUGAAGGAGGGGUGACAGACCUGUACUACAUUCUCAAACACUCGAAGGAGUCGUACCACAACUCAUCCAUCACAGUAGACUGUGACCAGUGUGCCAUGGUCACACAGCAUGGGAAGCCCAUGUUUACCAAGGUAUGCACGGAAGGCAGGCUGAUCUUGGAGUUCACCUUUGAUGACCUCAUGAGAAUAAAAACAUGGCACUUUACCAUUAGACAGUACAGGGAGCUGGUCCCCAGAAGCAUACUAGCCAUGCACGCACAAGAUCCUCAGGUCCUGGAUCAGCUGUCCAAAAAUAUCACCAGGAUGGGUCUAACAAACUUCACCCUCAACUACCUCAGGUUGUGUGUAAUACUGGAGCCAAUGCAGGAACUGAUGUCGAGACACAAAACCUACAACCUCAGUCCCCGGGACUGCCUGAAGACCUGUCUGUUUCAGAAGUGGCAGCGGAUGGUGGCACCGCCAGCAGAACCCACAAGGCAACCGACAACCAAAAGGAGAAAACGAAAAAACUCCACGAGCAGCACGUCCAACAGCAGUGCUGGGAACACAACCAACAGCGCCGGCAGCAAGAAGAAGACCACAGCCGCGAGCCUGAGCCUGUCCACUCAGGUACCUAUUGCUAGCAUUGCUCGUUCUCCGGUGUCAGGCUGCGCACUAAGGACAUAAACUCGCGUGGUUGUUACACAUCAGGAGGCGAUGUUUAUUUCCUGUAGAAAUCCAAUAUGCGUCUCGGCCCACCCCCGACAUUGAGACUUGACCCUGUUGUGCAGUGCACAGAGUGUGUCUGUCCUAGGUCCCCCAAGCUCCUCCCACUGUUGUUUUAAGCUGAGCUUCUCUCCCCUAAGGUUUCCCUGUAAUAAUGUCAGCUGCUGUUCACAGGAUGUGAUGGUGGUAGGAGAGCCAACUCUGAUGGGAGGUGAGUUUGGGGACGAGGACGAAAGGCUAAUCACUAGAUUAGAAAACACGCAGUAUGAUGCGGCCAACGGCAUGGACGACGAGGAAGACUUCAACAAUUCACCUGCCCUGGGGAACAACAGCCCGUGGAACAGUAAACCUCCCGCCACGCAAGAGACCAAAUCAGAAAACCCCCCACCCCAGGCUUCCCAGUAAGAUGGGCUACUGGCUCCUGAUUUCGCUGUCCAUAGGCCCCGUGGGGUAGAAUUCCAGUCGCAAAUCUCUACUAUCAGGAGAGAAAAGAGAUGAAAUUUAAAACACACAAGCAAAACGUUUCCAUGCAAACAUCUAUUUCUAAAUAUAAUGACCUGAUUUUCUUUCUUGCAAUUUUUUCCCUUUUUAAUUGAGAGGAUCGUUCGUUCAAAUGAGCCUCCAUGGCCUCUCUUUGGAGGCCUUCACAAGAAAUAUAGACACUGUCCCUGAUGGUAAUUAGAAGCAGCAGAGGCUCAUGCACCUCCUGGCACGGUCUUACCUCCCUCAUGUGUUGAACAUCCUGUCCAUGCACCCUACGAAGGCCAUGCUGUCUAAACGUGCUCAGGAUCUCAGUAACAUGCCGACCCCAACUACAGAUGACUUUUUAAUAUUGUAAAAUAUUUUCUGCUUUUUGACUUGCAUUUGAGAGUUUCUUGUUUCAGUAAAAAAGAAAGAAAAAGAAAAAGAAAAGAAAAAUAUCAGUUUUGGGAAAGUAACUUAAAGGUACUUCUCCCAACCCCUCCACUCUCCACUGGUUUUCCAUGUGGCAAGAUCUUUAAGAAAACACUGCUAGGUGACUUUCUGACAAGCUGCACCUAAUUGGUUCUUGAAUCUGAGUUGUUUCAAUUUAGGCCAAGUACUGAAACAAGGAAUCAUCAAAGAUAUAUGGGUAGAUUUUAUUAUGUACACAAAGACAAAUGGACCCUGAGAAAUGUAUGCAUUUGUAAACUUGCUGUGGGUCCAAAUAUUUUCAAGCCAUGUAAUCCAUUAAUUUUGUGGGAAGUUUAAUAAAUCUGAAACAUUUUAUUUCUUCUUAUUUUAAUUGUAUCUUAGUUGACUGAGUUUUGGUGGGUUUUUUUUUUUAAUGCUAUAUUUCCUGUGUAAUAUUUUGUAAAUCCUUCACCUGUUUCUUUCAUGGGGACUGUUUCUUUUGGGGCAAGUUCAGCGUAUUUAUGUGAAACUUUAUAAGAGAACUAAUUUUUCCAUUUGCAUAUUAAUAUGUUCCUCUAUACAUGUAAAGACACAGUGGCUCCGUGUGUCAUAAAACAGCUGUAUUUUAUGUAUGCUUUACUGGUUAAGUGUGCCAAUAAUAAACUGUGUUAAUGACCAAA